AGUAAAGCAGUAUAGACUUAGUUGACUUGAAUGUCUUUAUUUAAAGAUAAGGGAAACAGAGCACAACCCAAAGAUUAGGUGUUUGUGGAUACAAAUUGCCUUAUUGACUUCAAUGUCUUUCUGUGAAACAGAGCUGGGCCUAACGCUUACAUGUUUGUGGAUACAAUUUGCGGUGUUGACUUCCAAGUCUUCCAUGGAACCAGAAAACUGAAAGGCAUGGCUUACAAUAAUGAGCCUAUGCCAUAUCCCGAUGAUACAGAGGAGGGGGUGAUUCAGGUAGUUAAUGGUGCUGCUCUUGAAUAUACGAAAACAUGGCAAUUGGUCAUGAACAUGGACCUGUCAAGCAAUAAACUUGUCGGAGAAAUACCUGUAGAGUUAACUGCACUUUAUGGAUUAGUGGGUCUCAAUUUGUCCAAUAAUCAUCUUAGUGGAGGCAUUCCAGAUAACAUUGGAAACAUGGCAGCGUUAAUUUCUCUCGAUUUAUCCGGAAACGAGUUGGACGGGCAGAUCCCCCCAAGCAUUGCAGCUUUGAAUUUUUUGAGCCAUUUGAAUCUGUCAAAUAACAACUUGUCUGGGCGAAUUCCAACAGGAAGUCAACUGCAAACCCUCAUCGAUCCAUCAAUAUAUGCAGGGAACAAAGAUCUAUGUGGAGCUCCAUUGCCAAAGAAUUGUUCAAUUCAUGAAGACCCAACCGCAAUAGCCAAAAGAAAAUAUGAAGCAACUGAUGAGCCAAACAAGGUAUGGUUUUAUAUGGACAUAACAUGUGGUUUUGCAACAGGGUUUUGGGGUGUUAUUGUGGUUUUGAUGUUGAAGAAGCAGUGGAGACAUAAGCUUUUCAUCUUUGCUGAGGAGACCAGGGUCAAAAUACACGUUGCACUCUUGGUAAGAGUUAAUAAGUUGAAGCCAUAUAGAUCACUCGGAUGCAAGUAAUUCGCAUAUUUAUCAUCAUUGCCUGCUUUUCAUUAUAGUAUUGCUUUUAUGAUUUUAUAUUUGUAAGGCGUAUAUGUGUUAUAUGACAUGUAUGUGUAUACUUAUAUAUUUGCUAUGUACUUCUUAUCUUACGGUAUAUGUUUGAUU